AUGUUCACAAGCAAGGCAUUCGCACUCGUCUUCGCAUUCACCUCUCUUGCCUUCGCUCAGGAUGUAGACUACAAUGACCUUCCAUCCCAAUGCACUCAAGUCUGCGACCCUGUCGUGCGCCUAACACAACAAUGCGACCAAGGCCGUAGCGAUGCGGAUCAAUUGUCAUGUGUCUGCCAAGCAACGAACGCAGCAGCCCUGCUUCCUGCAUGCGAGGCAUGCUACGCGAUGUUCGACUCUGAUGGCCAUGACAACGAUGUCAAUGAUCUUGUCAGCAAGUGCUCCUUUACAACAACUAGCUAUGUUGCGGCYGCUACGACCCCGGCAUCACAAACAGGCUCGGUGACGACUGGCGAUUCCGGAACUCCAGUCACGACUCAGCCCGCCUCUACCUCCUCGUCGGGUCCGGGCUCCGUUGGGAUGCUGUCUGGCACCAUGACCAGCUCAGGGAGUGAUGCUCAGAACACUGGAGCCGCGGCGGCUGUCGGAUUGGACGGAAUGCUGGGCGUGUUGGCCGGUGUGGCCGGUGUCGCCGGUGUCGCAGGGUUGUUGUAG